UUGAUUACCGGCGAAAAUGGGCGUGCGGUGUUCGAACAGCGCGACGUGGAAUUCCCCGAAACGUGGUCACAGUUGGCAACCAACGUGGUGGCCUCGAAGUACUUCCGCGGGCCGCUCGAUUCCCCCCGGCGCGAACGCUCGGUACGCCAGGUGCUCGACCGAGUUGUCCGCACCAUCACCACUUGGGGCGACGGCGACGGGUACUUUGCCAGCAAGCAGGAUGCGGAAAUUUUUUCGCAUGAGUUGACCCACAUUCUGCUGCACCAGAAGGCGUCGUUCAACUCUCCGGUGUGGUUCAACAUCGGGGUGGAGGGCACGCCGCCGCAGGCGAGUGCCUGCUUCAUCAUUUCCGUGCACGACGACAUGCACGCCAUCCUGGAUUGGUACCGGCAGGAAGGCGUCAUUUUCAAAGGCGGCUCAGGGUCGGGCGUCAAUCUCUCCCGCCUGCGGGCCACCGGCGAAUCCCUUUCGGGCGGUGGCACGGCCUCCGGCCCGCUUUCCUUCAUGCGGGCCGCAGACGCCUCCGCCGGCGCCAUCAAAUCCGGCGGCACGACGCGGCGCAGUGCCAAAAUGGUGCUCCUCAACGCCGACCAUCCCGACAUCGAAGCCUUCAUCCGCUGCAAGGCGGUUGAGGAAAAAAAGGCCCACUCGCUCAUCGACGCCGGGUACGAUGCUUCCCUGGACGGUGACGCUUACGGCACCGUCAGCUUCCAAAACGCCAACAACUCGGUGCGGGUGUCCGAUGCGUUCAUGCGCGCGGUGGCUGAAGACAACGAGUGGCAAACCCGUUAUCGCAUCUCCGGUGAGCCUGCCAAGACCUAUCAGGCCCGCGACCUGCUGCGGCAGAUCGCCGAGGCGACCUGGGCCUGCGGCGACCCCGGCAUUCAGUUCGACGACACCAUCAAUAGCUGGCACACGUGUCCCGCCGCCGGACGCCAGGAGGCCACGAACCCGUGUGCGGAGUACUGCUGGAUCAACGACAGCGCCUGCAACCUCUCCUCGCUCAACCUGAUGCAAUUCCUCGAUGAUGACGGGACGUUCGACAUCGAAGCCUUCCGCCACACCGUGCACGUGAUGAUCCUGGCGCAGGAAAUCCUCGUCGGCCACGCCAGCUACCCCACCCCGGCCAUUGAGCGCAACAGCCACGACUACCGCACCCUGGGUCUCGGCUACGCCAACCUCGGGGCGCUGCUGAUGGCCCGCGGCUUGCCCUACGACUCGGACGCGGGCCGCGCCUAUGCCGGCACCGUCACCGCCCUGAUGACCGGCCAGGCGUAUCUGACCAGUUCGCAAAUCGCCGCUGCGCAAGGACCCUUCGCCGGCUACGCGGACAGCCGCAAGCCCAUGCUGAAGGUGAUUAAGCGGCAUCGGGAGAGUUACCACGGCACACAGCACGAAUCCCUCCCGCCGCCGCUGCAGGAAGCCGCACAGCAGGUGUGGAGCGAGUGCUACGCUCACGGCAAGCAGCACGGCUACCGCAACGCGCAGGUAACCCUGUUGGCGCCCACCGGCACCAUCGCGUUCAUGAUGGACUGCGAUACCACCGGCAUCGAGCCCGACCUGGCGCUGGUGAAAUACAAGAAGCUCGUCGGCGGCGGCGAGCUGAAGAUCGUCAACAACACGGCCCCGCGCGCCCUGACCUGCCUCGGCUACACGCCGCAGCAGAUCGACAACCUCGUACAAUACAUUGACGAGCACGGCACCAUGGAAGGCGCGCCCGACCUCCAGGAGGACCAUCUGCCGGUCUUUGACUGCGCCUUUCCCGCCAUGCCCGGGGGCCGCUCGAUUCAUUACAGCGGGCACCUGCGCAUGGUGGCGGCGGUGCAGCCGUUCCUGUCGGGGUCGGUGUCGAAGACGAUCAACGUGCCCAACCAGGCCACGGUGGCCGACAUCGAGCAGGCGUACAUCGACGCCUGGGGCCUCGGCAUCAAGUGCGUCGCCAUCUAUCGCGACGGCUGCAAGCGCACCCAGCCACUCAACACCAAGGCGGCCGAACCGGAAACCGCAGCGGCACCGAGCAGGCCCAUGCGGCGGCGGCUGCCGGACGAGCGUCCGGCCAUCACCCACAAGUUCUCGAUUGCAGGGCACGAAGGCUAUAUCACGGUUGGCAUGUUCGAGGAUGGGACGCCCGGCGAAAUUUUCCUGGUCAUGGCCAAGGAGGGCAGCACCAUCUCCGGGCUGAUGGAUGCCUUCGCCACCUCGAUUUCGCUGGCUUUUCAGUACGGCGUGCCGCUGCGGGCGUUGAUCGACAAGUUUAGCCACAUGCGCUUCGAGCCUGCCGGGUUCACCCAAAACACCGAGAUUCCCAUCGCCAAGUCGGUGAUGGAUUACAUCUUCCGCUGGCUGGCCUCCAAAUUCCUCGAUCAGGAAGAACGCGCCCAAAUCGGUGUCAUCGACCGGGACGGCCUGGAGCAGGCCGCCGAACCGGUGACACCCAAGGAGGCAACGAACGGCCACCACACGCCCUUGGGGACCACCGAGAAGCCCUAUUACUUCCGGCUGCAGGAAGACGCCCCCUCAUGCGCCGACUGCGGCGCCCUGAUGAUCCGCAACGGCUCGUGCUACAAAUGCACCAAUUGCGUGCCACCAGCGGGUGUUCGUAAAGGCUUUCAGGAGUCUCUCGGCUGUAAUGGAAGGGAAUACAACCCCAAUCCAUACCAGCCAAGAGGAGGUGGGCGCAUGGUGCGAAGAAUCCUCAGCGACUCGCAAUGGGCGCGUGUGGCGCUGCUGUUACCCGGAAAGGACGGCGAUCCUGGACGAUCCGCAAGAGACAAUCGGGAGUUCCUCGAAGCCGUUUUGUGGAUUGCUCGUACCGGUUCGCCGUGGCGUGACUUGCCCGACGAGUUCGGGCUGUGGAACUCGGUCUUUCAACGCUUCCGCAGGUGGGCACUCAAAGGCGUCUUCGAGCGCGUUUUCAAGGUCUUGUCGGUCGAUGCCGACUUCGAGUACGUGCUCAUCGACGGCACCAUCGUGCGCCUCCAUCAACACGGUGCCGGGGCAAAAGGGGGACCCAAAGCCAAGCCAUCGGUCGCUCGCGAGGGGGGCCAAGCACGAAGAUCAGCGUGA